AUAAGAAUGAUAAUGCACAAAGUGACUCGGCUUUAUCAUCAUCAUCAUCAUCAUCAUCAUCAUCAUCAUCAUCAACACCCUCAGUAUCACCACUAAGUGGCACCGAUACUACAACUCCCUCCUCCUCCACCACCAAUACCACCAUCGCCAACCCGACAUCUACUACGACGAAUCCUCCCCCUUCCACUACGACGGACAGCAAUAACCAGUCAGCGAAUAAUGGGAACACCAAUUUAGCCACCUUUGACAUGUACGAAACCGACAGCUGCGGCGGCACAGACGAUUCUUUUGCCAUUACUAGCACGGGCUCCCAACGAUGCGUCCCCGUUCCCUCGAACAAGAGAUCCAUUCGAGUGCUUGAUAACAGUAGCUGUAUCAUCACGACAUGGAGCGGGGGCGAAUGCAGGGGGUUGAAUUUCAGAGUUCCCGACACGAAUUGUCACAAUGUAUUGUAUGCCGCUGUGUCUGUAUACUGCUAG